GGAUCCUCUACCCAUAUUCACUUACUCUAAGAAUGCCGUUCAUAUGAGUACUCUCAUACGUACCACAUGUAAGGCUAUGCAGUCAGGUCUAGCCAUAUCGAAAACCUGGGGACAGAUCUUCGAAUUAGUCUUCGGACGUAUUGUUGAACAGGGGUCGGGUCUUUCCUGUUCCUCUCACACUCGGUACAGUAAACAUGAUUUGUGUCCACUACUGUACUGUCUGUAUCUUGCCCCGUUGAUAUCCAGCCAUCCUACGGUAUCGAUCGAUCUAUCGAAUCUAUUCCUAAUCUAUCUCCGUGUGACUGUGCAAUGUGCGUGCGGACUGCAUAACCCCCCGCGCCGCCGACUAUCUCCAAUUAGUCAAUCUCGACCGACAACUCCGAUGACGAAUUUCGGGGAAAUUGGGAACAAUUCAAUCUGGCAAGUCCACCAACGACGAUGUACAUACAGUAUACUGUACAGUACUCCGUACGUAGGAGAGUACUCUACUUGCACGAGGAGGGGCACGAGUCCUACCAGGUGGGAAUCAAUGCGGCGUAGUAGUAUUCUGGUUGAAUCUCAAAUACGGGAUGCAGUGGGAUUGGAUUGAUUGGCAGGCAUGAAAUGUCCUCCUGAAGGUGGCUUGAUUUGCGCCGUUGCUUGGUAGAAGUGAAAGCGGAUGACCCGCAUGAUCGUUCAUUCAUUGAUUGAUGGGUUGGGUGGUUUUGACACCGUGUGAAUCGACAAUGGGUAUGUGUGUUUGCUGUUGGCUACAUACCGUGGGUUGUGUGUGUGUGUGUGUGUGUGUGUUUGACAUAGACGCGAUGCAUGUCAGAUUGCGCAUUGUGGGUCGUGUCUUAGGAUUGACAAAGAUUUGUGAAAAUUGCAUUGCAAGGAAUCGAGGGUAUGAUGGUGGUGAGUGUAC